AGUGUGCGAGAUGUGUGGUAGGAGUUGGGUAUUUCCGUUAAUAGUAGGCGGUGUUUGCGGGUCUGCUCCUUCCUUCAUUCAAUGCCGUUGGAGUCUUUCCCCCCAAAAAAUAGUAUACCAGUGGGCGUUGCACUACAUUCUCCGCCGUUUUCUGAGUUUUACUGUGCAUACAUCACAAUCCAAUCCCCAAUAAUCUGUACUUGCUUGUUGCUUUGAAUGAUUAUACGCGUCAUUCAUGCCUCAAAUUCCGCCUUGAAUAUGAGAUGUGAAGAGCACAGUUUACCAAUCUACUUCUAUUGUGUUUAGAGUUCCAGCGGCGAGCGAUCGAUCGAUCAAUCGAGUUCUCGUAACGAUGGAGAAGUCAGAUCAUGCACCGAAGUUGUAUUCAAAGAUGCGGCUCUGGGAGUUCCCAGAUCAAUACGUUAUUGAGCCUUCCGAUGGAUCUUCCGGUUCGCGUUUGGCGAUCAGCAGGGCAGAUGCGUCUAUGAAUUUAAUCGAUGAAAUACCGCAGUGCAGUUCGCUCCGUGUUCCUAAAAUUAAGAAAAUCUUUGGAAUUGUUGGUAUGGUGAAGCUUGUUGCAGGAUCGUACUUAAUAGUUAUAACAGAACGCGAAUGUGUUGGUUCUUACAUUGGGCAUCCUAUUUAUAAAGUCACAUCGUUGAAGGUUUUACCUUGUGAUCAUUCUCUCAAGAACUCUCCUAUGGAACAGAAAAAGAUGGAGGCAGAAUUUAUUUCACUGCUAAAUGUUGCAGAAAAGACUCAUGGCCUGUACUUCUCUUAUGAUGUCAAUAUAACACUGAGUGCUCAGCGAUUAUAUGAUUUGGGUGAAUCUAAAAUGCUUCCUCUUUGGAGACAGGCAGACCCUCGGUUUAUUUGGAACAACUAUAUAAUGGAGGCUCUUAUAGAUAGCAAGCUCGACCCCUUCUUGCUACCUGUUGUCCAGGGCAGUUUUAACAACUUUCAAGCAGCCAUUGGAAAAGACAUUAUUGAUAUUACACUGAUUGCACGAAGGUGCAAUAGAAGAACUGGCACGCGGCUUUGGAGAAGAGGGGCUGAUUCUGAUGGAUAUGUCGCAAAUUUUGUGGAAAGUGAACAAAUCAUGCAAAUUAAUGGAUUCACAGCAUCGUUUGUCCAGAUCCGAGGGUCAAUCCCUUUACUGUGGGAUCAGAUUGUUGAUUUAACAUAUAAGCCCAAGUUUGAGACAGUCAGACAAGAGGAAGUACCUCGAGUGAUUGAGCGGCACUUUUUUGAUCUGAGAAAGAAAUAUGGAAAUGUGAUAGUCAUUGAUCUUGUCAAUACGCAUGGAGCAGAGGGACGCUUAAGUGAAAAGUUCAGUGGUGCAAUGCAGCAUCUUGCUAGUGAUGAUGUGAAAUACUUGCACUUUGAUUUUCAUCACAUAUGUGGACAUGUUCAUUUUGAGAACCUCUCCAUACUUUAUGAUCAAAUCGAGAGUUUCCUCACCAAAAACAGGUACUUUCUACUGAAUGAAAAAGCUGAGAAACUUGAGGCGCAACUUGGAAUUGUGAGGACUAAUUGCAUAGAUUGCUUAGAUCGAACAAAUGUCAGUCAGAGCAUGGUUGGUAGGAAAUUGUUGGAAUUCCAACUCAGAAGGCUUGGUGUUUUUAAUGCUGAAGAAACCAUUAGCACCCACCCCAACCUUGAUGAGAACUUCAAAGUCUUGUGGGCUAAUCAUGGCGAUGAUAUAAGUACUCAAUAUUCUGGAACUCCUGCUUUAAAGGGAGAUUUUGUCAGAUAUGGUAAAAGAACUUUCCAAGGGAUCGUCGAUGAUGGCUAUAAUGCCAUGAUGCGCUACUACUUGAACAACUUCCGGGAUGGUACAAAACAGGAUGCAAUUGAUUUAUUGCAAGGACAUUACAUUGUCUCUGUUGCCCGCGACUCUAUGAAGGCAUCUCAAAGAGCAGGCCUUCAAGCUGUUGCUUCAUUUCCACUGGCUUGCGCGCUGAUUAUCACUGGGUUCUUUUUCGCCCUCUUGUCACUAAGGCAAGUUCGACAUGAUCCUUGGAACCUGCUGUAUUCACUGGCCUGGGCAAGCAUAAGCAUGGGAAUAGCUGCAUUUGUGAAAGCAAAUGGCCGCGUUUUCUGUAACAGGCCACGCCUCCACCAGCCCAGACGCUGAUUUGCAGAUACAAGUAAACUGGCUGCUGGAAGUGUCAUGGCUCAAGGGCCUGGCUGCUGAAAGUAAAAGGCAAAAAUGAACCAGCUGCUGAAACAAAUCGACUUUUUUUAAUAUCUUAGUGUAAAUCAAGCGAUACUCUAUGCAAUUAUUUGAAUUUAACGAUGUACAACAUAUGCAUUGAAUUAUUACAGUAAUGAGCAAACGAAUCUACUAGUAUGUAACAACUUGCCAGUAAUAGUAGGCCAUAAUUUAGUCUCA